AACGGGAAGUUAGUUCUGAUCGCACAGAAGUGAUUCGUAUGUAUCAUCAAAGUGAGCAUAUCAUUAAUUUAUGGACUCGUGUGCAAUUGAAGCAGCUGAAUUGGCAACUUCAUAAGUAUUCCCCUAAUUGGACUCCAAUUGUCAAGCCAUGCCCCUGUUAACCCUCAAAUACAACGUCCCCUUCAACGAGAAAAGUGUCGCCUUCAGUGGUAUCAACUACCAAGCGAUGAGACUGGUGUCUGACAUCUACAAUGAGAAUAUUGAACCGUCACUAGGAGGAAUCACAAAGCCACUUAUACCACACUACAUUACAGUUGAUAGCCUAACGCCCUGGGGCGCCAAGGACAGCAACAGCCAAGGAAACCGUCUCCGACCAGCCGACUACAGUCACAUUCACAGCGCUGAGGGUCCCCGGCACGAGGCCAGUCCGUUUCCGUGUGAUGAGCAGAUCAAUCAGCGAUUCGUAAUCUGGCAAGGUGACAUCUCGCUGCUGGCAGUCGAUGCAAUAACCAAUACCACCGAUGAGACACUGACCGAGAAGAAUCGGAUUUCCAAGAAGAUUUUCGGACGAGCCGGUGCUGCCCUAACCUCUGCUGUGGUGCACGACGUCGGAAGAUGCAAAACCGGUGAAGUUUGCGUCACACCCGGGUUCUUUCUACCUGCAAAGUACAUCAUCCACACCGUUGGACCGAUCUACAGUGAGAAAUACCGUUCCGCGUCCGAAAGUACGCUACAUUCCUGUUAUCGAAACGUUUUGUACAAAGCGAAAGAGCUAGGAUUAAGAACCGUUGCUUUAUGUGAUAUUAGCUCAGUGCAGAGAAAUUUCCCACCAGACACUGCUGCACACAUAGCACUAAGAACCAUCCGCCGCUUUCUGGAGCAGUACCGCGCCGAGAUUGUGAUAGCCUGCCUUGAGCCGAAUGAGCGCGGCAUCUACGAGGUACUAGCGCCGCUCUACUUUCCCCGCGACCCGCUCGAGGAACGAAGUGCCCUGUGGCAGCUGCCGAAGGACGUCGGCGGCGCGUAUGGUGAACCGCAGCUAGCCGAUCGCCAGAUCCGCAUCAUUCACAAUCCGCAGCACUCCGUCAUGAUCGAAGCUGACGACGAUUCCGAUACCAGUCCGCACGAUUUGGAGAUGGGUUCCGAUGUGGAGUAUAACAACAUCAAUCUCAGCCUGGCUGCCCACCUGACCGGAGGCACGCACUCGUUUACACACAUGCAGGGUGACCUCGACAGACAGCGGCUACUAGGCGACCGUCCUCGGAUGGUGUACGAAAGCGUACUCGACGAAGGUUUAGAAGGAAUCGAACACCAAGAAAGUUCACCAUUACUGGUGGAUUGCGAAACCACCGAAACGUACUGCCCGGACGCCAUCGGUCACGUCCUGGCAACGCACAUUGGCAAACGGACCCGCAUUCUGGAUGGGUCCUUUACCUACGUCGAACUGAUGAAGCACUACAGCUCCUCGCUCGAUCCCGACCCCGAGUGGCACAAGGAAAAUCUAUAUGAAAGGCUGCUUCGGCGGGCGAAAUCGGAGGACCUGACGGAGGUGUCCGGCAUCGGAUGCCUGUACCAGAGUGGAGUCGAUCGAUUGGGCCGACCCGUGGUCGUAUUCUGUGGCAAAUGGUUCCCCGCACAAAACAUCGAUCUGGAAAAGGCCCUGCUAUAUCUGAUAUACUUGUUGGAUCCCAUCGUUAAGGGUGACUACGUGAUUGCCUAUUUCCACACCCUCACCAGUUCCAACAACUACCCGUCGCUGCAGUGGCUCAAGGACGUCUACAGUAUAUUGCCAUACAAAUACAAGAAGAACCUGAAGGCAUUCUACAUCGUGCACCCGACGUUCUGGACCAAGAUGAUGACCUGGUGGUUCACGACCUUCAUGGCGCCGGCCAUCAAAACCAAGGUGCACUCGCUGCCCGGCGUCGAACACCUGUACUCCGCCAUCGCCAAGGAUCAGCUGGAAAUCCCGGCCUACAUCACCGAGUACGAUAUGGCGACGAAUGGAAUCCACUACUUCCAACCGGUCACCAACACGUCAUCGCCCGCGUCCUAAAGGGAAGAUGGAUUUCCCACCGAGAAAACAAUCAUCCAACUCCUCAGCGGCAUCUUCGAGAGAAGGUCAUCCCUCAUCCUCAUAUGAAUGCACAUUCUCGCCAACUUUCCCUUCCGCCCUCGUCGACGCACUAAAUUAGCCAUAUUUCAUUCAUACACACACAUGCAAAACAUUUCGGCGUACGUCAUUUUUCAUGAAAACCUUCAUGGCUGUAUGUGUGACUGGCAUUGGUCAAUCAUCGAGAGAAGUUCUCACCCUGUUCUAAACGAAACAAAUGAUGAAAUCUUUCUGCUUCCUUUCCACCGGUUGAAUACGAAGAAGGCGCGUAUUGUACUAUUAUUACUCAAAAAAAAAAAAUAUUUAGAGCUAAUUCGGAUCGAGAGUGGACCGAGGGAAGCCUCACAAAUCAAUCUAAUCGGGCAGACGACGGAAGCGCUGAAGGCGAACGAGACUUGUAGCUAACAGAAUUAAGUAAAUGAGAUAUACUAUUCUUAACGUUUUACGGAGAAAAAUGAUUAUAAAAAAACAAACAACAAAAAGGUAUAUACAAUUUAACAAGACAUAGCAUCUUAUUUGCUAUUGGAGAAACAAAAGAAAACAAGGGUUAAUUAACUAAUAAUGGAUUUAAACACAACACACAACUUUGUUAUAGAGUUAGAGAGAGGUAGAGAAAAAGAGAAAGAGUAUUUAAGUGCGUAGGAGUGCAGCCAAAGAGAAACAAAAAUGUUAUUUAGAUGAGCACCCGCCCUAUGCCAGAGCAUUAGAAACCCGAAAGUAGUAAAAACAGCAAAAGCAACAGCAACCGAAACCCCCCGGAUGAACAAUAUCGUAGAGGAAACUAAUGCUGCUAUGCGGCUUUUUUGUAGUGGCGAAUGCUUGAUUUAGUCGCGCGCGAUAGCCAGAUGCAAGCAAAUCGGAAGCAUUGUAAUACACACACUAACAAGACAAAUCCCCUUACGAGCACUCAGUUCUAGGAGACACUCAGUGUAGGUCAGACAGAGGUCCUGAAAACAAUGGACGAAGCCAACGCGAAACCCAAGCAAAACGUAACUUGGCGAUACGCUAGUUUGUGAAAUAUACACAUGUAGAAGAGGAAAAACCAAAAAAAAAAUCGAAUCCUUAAAAUUACGAAGCAAUUUCUUGAAAAGAAGCCAUUUUUUAGAGAAGCCAUUCUGUGAGUUUGUUGUUAAAGCUAAUCGGAGAAGUUGAGAGAGAGAGCGGGAGAGACGGGAGUAGCGAGAGCGGAGAAUUAGAUAGAUAUAUGCGGGUAAAGGGAGUAGCUCAUUCGUUGUUCGAGGGGAUCCCAUGCGAUGCGAUGGGACGUUCUUAGUAGCAAGUUUAAUGUUUAACGAGGCGCAUGCAAUGAGUUACAGGGGGAGAGAAGAGUUUGCGAAAAGCUGUGGUUGCACGACGUAGUGGAAUGCUUUGUGGAAUGUUCAAAACUGACCUGUCGACAAGCUUUUGAGAGCUGUCAGAAUAAUUCAAAAUCGCAGUAUUGCAGGAAUGAGUACUUCUGAAAGACUUGCGGAUAGGUGUGAUAAGGAGUUGAGAUGCAGUGUAUAUUUGUUGAUUGCAACUCAAAUGUGUUUCAGAACACCCCAAAAAGUUUAAGAUAUUUUUAACAACUGUACAUAAGUUAAUGCUACAAUAAAUAACUCAGUAAUUUUUCAACAUGGUAUCCAUCCUUUUAA